UGACGAGGUUUCGUCGUGUUGGCCAGGCUAGUCUCGAACUCCUGACCUCAGGUGAUCCACCCACCUCAUUCUCCCAAAGUGGAGGAUUACAGGCGUGAGCCACCGUGCCCGGCCACUUUGCCCCUUUAUAUUGGGAACAAAGAAAUCAUACCAAAGAUAUCUGGCCCAAAAGCACUGGAGAUAUGGGAUGGAUACCCAAAGAACUGUGUAUUCACACCAUUAUAUUACAAAGUACUGACUGGCAUGCCAUUUAAUGUAUUUAUUGAUUAGCUCCAAAUGCAACAUUUUGGCUAUGUGGCACUAACCUAUGACCAUGGUUACUUCCAGGAUAGUCAGGAUGAUGUUCUUCGCGUUAUGCUUAAUCAUAUGGUUGAGCAGUUUGUACUUUGCCAAAGACUGCAAAUUUUCCUUAGUUAUGAUCUCAUUGGGUUCAUUCUGUGUUCCACUGGUAUGAUCACUUAGCUUCCAUCUUCAUACCACAAUUGAGGGUUGAAGAUGUUAUUUGGCAUAUAGAGGUCCUAACCAAUUAUACCAAAAAGAUAGCAACAUAAGUAUUCCAUUAUUAAACAAUAAAGUCACUCUUAUGGAAAAGGCCAUAUUACAAAACCAUAUGGCUUUUGACAUACUCACCGAAGCCCAGGGAGGAACUUGCAUUAUCAUAAAAACUGUGUGUUAUGUCUGUAUCCCAGAUGAAUCAGAUAGUAUCACUAAGUUAAUGGAUAAUAUGAAAACCUCAGCAACUAACCUUUCAGAUCCAACACAUCUUUAAACAACUGGCUAAGCAGCUAGUUUUGAUCUUGAAGACUUGGUGGCAAAAGCUGUUACUUAUUCUAGGAAUCAUAAUCAUUUGUUGUUGUCUUGUUUUUGUCUGCACUGCUAUUAGACUGCCACUGCGCCUGGCUAUUAAUCAGAUUUUAAAAUAAAGUUAAAAAAAUUUUUUUUUUACAAAUUCACACGAAAAGCAAGUACAGUGGUUCUCAAACAUGAUUGGGCGACAGACUGUGCAGCUUGCCAGAAAUAGGUUUCUCUCAUGAAAAUUCAACCCCCUCCACACACGGCCAUCUACUUUCUUCUUCAGCAGGGACUGCCACCAGGGCAACCGUAUUUUCCUAAAUACCUUAGGAAAGUAGUUCAAAACCUACAUAUAUCUUGGUCAGAACAAAACCUGGCGAACACUCAUGAUAAACGGUAUAUAUAAUUCCUUAAACGAAAUACAGACGUUUGUAAUAUAAGAUAAUCCAUCUUUGUCUGUGGAAUUCCUACUAAUGAAAUACGUUCUUGGAGACCCAAAGACUUAAGUUAUUCCACUUUUUCUUAAUCUUUUAAAUAUUAUUUGUAGGCCAGGCAUGGUGACACACUCUAGUCCCAGCUACUCAAGAGGCUAAGGCAGGAGCAUUGUUGGAGCCCAGGAGCUCCAGGCUGUAGUGUGCUGAUAGCAUUUGUGAAUAACCUCUGCACUCAGCUUGGACAACAUAGCGGGACCCCAUCACUAAUAAAAAAGUGAGAUCAACAUUAUUUAUUCUGUUACUCGGGCAUAAAAUAAAUAUUAAGCACUUACUACAUGCCAGAGUCUAUUAUGUCUGCUGCAGAUAUUGGCUAUCAUAUAGAGUUAUAACUAACAGGAAACCAAAUAAUUACGUAGUAUAAUUUUACGUGGUGAUAAGCACGAUUGUUUCCCCCAAGCCAUGCCCUUAAUUUCUAACUCUUCAGAUAGUGUUUCUUUAAAAAAUUUCUUGCUAAUUUAAAAAAACGUUUGUUUUGAGGCAGGAUCCCACUCUGUUGCCUAAGCUAGACUGCAGCGGUGAGAUCUCGGCUCACUGCAGCCGCCAUCUCCAGGGCUCAAGCGAUCCUCCCGCCUCAGCCACCCGCGCAGCUGGGACCACAGGCGCGCGCCACCAGAUCUCAGUUUUCUCAACAAGACUCUCAUUACUAACAUCCAAGGAUCCAUUAAUUUUCUUUUCCUUGACUCUUCUCGCCUCUGCAGCUUUCCUUCCUCAUCCACUUUUUAAACAAACGCAGGCUUAAAAAGCAGGGAGCACACCCACCACGCUCUCGGUCCCAAACCGCUCUUUCCCUCCCGCUGCCGGCCACGCCUCUUAUAGGCCCGGAAGUUUACCCCACCCUGCAUCGUGAUUCACCGGAAGCGCUCUAGGGAGCCCCGGAGCUUCCGCGCCUGCCCAGUUUUGCUCCGAAAGACUUGCGGAGGAGGGAGCUUGCGGUGCGUUCUGGGAAAGUUGCUGGGCCAGCUCUUUUGUUUCCAGCCUGAGCGUUGCGUUAGGUCUCCCGAGGGUCUUCUGAGGCACCACGGCUCCGGGGUUCUGGGUUCCCGGCUCUCCGCAGGGAAGCCUCCUCUUCGUACCUCGUUUUUUGGCUCGUGGGGGGUCCUCCCACCGCUGGCCGACGCAGCCAGCAUGUCCGGGGUGCGCGCAGUAAGGAUCAGCAUCGAAUCGGCCUGCGAGAAGCAGGUCCAUGAGGUGGGCCUGGAUGGCACCGAGACGUACCUGCCGCCGCUGUCCAUGUCGCAGAAUCUGGCGCGUCUGGCCCAGCGGAUAGACUUCAGCCAGGGUUCGGGCUCCGAGGAGGAGGAGGCGGCGGGGACCGAGGGCGACGCGCAGGACUGGCCGGGCGCUGGCUCCAGCGCAGACCAGGACGACGAGGAAGGAGUGGUAAAAUUUCAGCCUUCCCUUUGGCCUUGGGACUCAGUGAGGAACAAUUUGAGAAGUGCCCUGACAGAGAUGUGUGUUCUCUAUGACGUUCUCAGUAUUGUUAGGGAUAAAAAAUUUAUGACUCUUGAUCCUGUCUCUCAGGAUGCACUUCCUCCAAAACAGAAUCCUCAGACGUUGCAAUUGAUAUCCAAAAAGAAGUCACUUGCUGGAGCAGCACAAAUCCUAUUGAAGGGGGCAGAAAGACUGACUAAAUCAGUUACCGAAAACCAAGAAAACAAGCUACAAAGAGACUUCAAUUCUGAGCUUUUGCGAUUACGGCAACACUGGAAACUUCGAAAAGUUGGAGAUAAAAUUCUCGGAGAUCUGAGCUACAGAAGUGCAGGAUCUCUCUUUCCUCAUCAUGGUACAUUUGAAGUAAUAAAGAAUACAGAUCUUGAUCUGGAUAAAAAGAUACCUGAAGAUUACUGUCCUCUUGAUGUCCAAAUUCCUAGUGAUUUAGAGGGGUCUGCAUAUAUCAAGGUUUCAAUACAAAAACAGGCUCCAGAUAUAGGUGACCUCGGCACAGUUAACCUCUUCAAACGACCUUUGCCCAAAUCCAAACCAGGUUCCCCACAUUGGCAGACAAAAUUAGAAGCGGCACAGAAUGUUCUCUUAUGUAAAGAAAUUUUUGCACAGCUCUCUCGGGAAGCUGUUCAAAUUAAAUCACAAAUCCCUCACAUUGUGGUGAAAAACCAGAUUAUCUCUCAGCCCUUUCCGAGCUUGCAGUUAUCUAUUUCUUUGUGCCAUUCCUCAAAUGAUAAGAAAUCCCAAAAAUUUGCUACUGAGAAGCAAUGUCCAGAGGACCACCUUUAUGUCCUAGAGCAUAAUUUGCAUCUACUGAUUAGAGAGUUUCAUAAACAGACCUUGAGUUCCAUCAUGAUGCCUCAUCCAGCAAGUGCACCUUUUGGCCACAAGAGAAUGAGACUUUCGGGUCCUCAUGCUUUUGAUAAAAAUGAAAUUAAUUCAUUACAGUCCAGUGAAGGGCUUCUGGAAAAAAUAAUUAAACAAGCAAAGCAUAUUUUUCUAAGGAGUAGAGCUGCUGCAACCAUUGACAGCUUAGCAAGCCGAAUUGAGGAUCCUCAGAUACAGGCUCAUUGGUCAAAUAUCAAUGAUGUUUAUGAAUCUAGUGUGAAAGUUUUAAUCACAUCACAAGGCUAUGAACAAAUAUGCAAGUCCAUUCAACUGCAAUUGAACAUUGGAGUUGAGCAGAUUCGAGUUGUACAUAGAGAUGGAAGAGUAAUUACACUGUCUUAUCAGGAGCAGGAGCUACAGGAUUUUCUUCUGUCUCAGAUGUCACAGCACCAGGUACAUGCGGUUCAGCAACUCGCCAAGGUUAUGGGCUGGCAAGUACUGAGCUUCAGUAAUCAUGUGGGACUUGGACCUAUAGAGAGCAUUGGUAAUGCGUCUGCCAUCACGGUGGCCUCCCCGAGUGGUGACUAUGCUAUUUCAGUUCGUAAUGGACCUGAAAGUGGCAGCAAGAUUAUGGUUCAAUUUCCUCGUAACCAAUGUAAAGACCUUCCAAAAAGUGAUGUUUUACAAGAUAACAAAUGGAGUCAUCUUCGUGGGCCAUUCAAAGAAGUUCAGUGGAAUAAAAUGGAAGGUCGAAACUUUGUUUAUAAAAUGGAGCUGCUUAUGUCUGCACUUAGCCCUUGUCUACUAUGAUUUUUUCCAGAUGUUUCCUAAAGAAGUUUCCAGAAACUUUGACUUGAAAUAUUUGCAGAUUAACUAUAAGCACAAAGAAGAGAUAACUUCCAAAAGAGUGCUGUUUUUGAAAAUAAUAAUUAGGAAAUGUUUAUUUAGCACUUUGAAACUUUUCACUUUAUAAAUGACAAGUGCUUUGAAAUGCAGAAGUUUAUGUACAGUUGUAUAUACAGUAUGACAAGAUGUAAAAUAAUACGUUUUUCAUGCAGUUUGAAAUAUUACUAACUUAAGGGUUUCUAUUUGCUUUUUAAAAUAUUCCUUCUUUGAUGUUGACAUCAAAUAAAGUGUGUGGUUUAAAAAAAUCUCCAAAUACUUUUUCCCCCAAAAUACUUUCUAAACUUUUUUUUUUUUUUUUUUUUGAGAUGGUGUCUCACUCUGUAGCCCAGUCUGGAGUGCAGUGGUGUGAUCAUGGCUCACUGCAGUCUUCACCUCCCAGGCUUAGGUGAUCCUUCUGUCUCAGCCUUCCGAGUAACUGGGACCACCGGCAUGCACUACCACACCUGGAUAAUUUUUGUAUUUUUUAUAAAGACAGGGUUUUUCCAUGUUGCCCAGGCUGGUUUCGAACUCGGCUCAAGUGAUCUACCUGCCUCUGCCCCCCAAAGUGCUAGGAUUACAGGCGUGAGCCACCAUGCCCAGCCUACUCUCUAAACUCUUGAAAACCUCUUCUUGUAGUUGUCUCCUUUAAGCUUUCCUGAGACUAACCUACAUAGGUAAUUUAAGAGCAUCCUCAGAAAGGACAGCUGAAGGCAUAGGAGGCAGAUUAUCUCUUUAGGGCGUCCUCAAGUUUUUUUGGUCUGUUCUCCCACUUUUUUUUUUUUUUUUUUUUUUGAGACGGAGUCUUGCUCUGUCUCCCAGGCGGGAGUGCAAUGGCGCGAUCUCGGCUCACUGCAAGCUCCGCCUCCCGGGUUCAUGCCAUUCUCCUGCCUCAGCCUCCCGAGUAGCUGGGACUACAGGCGCCUGCCAACACGUCCGGCUAAUUUUUUGUAUUUUUAGUAGAGAUGGGGUUUCACUGUGUUAGCCAGGAUGGUCUCGAUCUCCUGACCUCGUGAUCCGCCCACCUCGGCCUCCCAAAGUGCUGGGAUUACAGGCUUGAGCCACCGUGCCCGGCCUGUUCUCCCACUUGAAUGACCUCACCAGUUGAGACACCUAGUGCAUGGCUCAUGCCCAGCCUUCCACCUGGGAUUCUCCAACCUCCACCCAGCAGCCUUGGAUUGCUUUCUCCAAUUAAGGCCUUUCCAUUAGCUCUCUGCUUUUUCAAAGGGAAAAAACUAAUAGAUUAGUGGAUUAUCUUUUCCAAGGAACAGGUUUGCACUUCUUGGAAAUAGUGCCUAAAGUGUGCCCAUUAAUAUGAGGAUAGAUUUAGGCUUAUAAGCCUUUCGGUACCACUGAAAGUAAUAUCAUACAGGUGAGCUCUCCUUAUAAGUAAGGCUUUCAAUUUUUAAAACAGACAUCCUUCUUUAACAGUUUGUAAGAUGACUGUGCAGUAAUAAAAGUCCUUUGUAUUUC